GUGUCUUUUAACGCGCGUUCACGUGCCCAGGGAGCGCGCACAGCACCGGCAACGUGUGGACUGAGGAGCAGGAGAACCUGUUCAGAGGGUUCACGAUGGUCAACGCAACCAACAUGGACAGUGGCAGUAGCACAGAAAAUUCCAAGGAAAGCUCCCGAUGUUCUACACCGAUCCAGGAUAUUGAGAGACAUGAACGUCUCCAGGAUAAAAUGCGCCGGCGCAUAGAUGCUGGAGAUAAGUGGUUCUCUUUGGAGUUCUUUCCACCACGUACAGCGAGCGGUGCCGUCAACUUGAUAUCCAGAUUUGACCGUAUGGGCUCCGGGGGUCCUCUCUUUAUUGAUGUGACUUGGCAUCCGGCAGGAGACCCCAGUUCAGACAAGGAGACCUCCUCCAUGAUUAUUGCAAGUACAGCUGUGAAUUUCUGUGGACUGGAGUCUGUUCUCCACAUGACUUGCUGCCACCAAACUAAUGACGAAAUCACCAGAAAUCUUCAAAAAGCAAAACGUCUUGGAUUAAAAAACAUUAUGGCUCUGAGAGGAGACCCCAUUGGUGAGGAAUGGGAAGAGGAAACCAAUUGUUUCAAUCACGCUGUAGAUCUUGUCAAGCACAUUCGACAGGAAUUCGAUGAUUAUUUUGAUAUAUGCGUCGCAGGAUACCCCAAAGGUCACCCUGAUGCCGAAAGUUACGAGCAAGACCUGAAAUAUCUCAAGGAGAAAGUAGACGCCGGCGCUUGUUUUAUAGUCACGCAGCUCUUCUUCCGUUUUGAAACAUUUUUAAAGUUUGUCAAGGAUUGUAGAGAAAUCGGUAUCACCUGUCCGAUAGUUCCCGGAAUCUUUCCAAUCCAGGGUUACUGCUCCUUACGUCAGUUGGUAAAACUGUCCAAGCUGGAGGUGCCCCAGGAAAUUAAAGAUGUGAUCGAGCCAAUAAAAGAUAACGAUGCAGCAAUUAGGAAUUACGGGAUUGACUUUGCUGUUUCUAUGUGUCGGGAGCUGCUGGAUAGCGGGCUGGUAAACGGCUUGCAUUUCUAUACUCUGAACCAGGAGGUGGCAACAAUCACUGUAUUAAAACGUCUUGGAAUUUGGAUUGAGGACCCAAGACGUCCCUUGCCGUGGGCAGUUAGUGCUCAUCCGAAACGACGAGUAGAAGAUGUCCGUCCGAUAUUUUGGGCAUCCCGACCAAAGAGCUACAUUUACCGGACUCAAGAGUGGGAUGAAUUUCCAAAUGGUCGCUGGGGAAACUCCUCUUCUCCUGCCUUUGGCGACCUGAAAGAUUACUACCUUUUCUAUUUGAAAAGCAAAUGCUCUCGUGAAGUGUUGCUGAAAAUGUGGGGAGAGGAGCUGAGCAAUGAGGAAAGUGUAUACGAAGUCUUCACCAGUUACAUAUCGGGAGAUGUUAACCGCAAAGGACACAAAGUGACGUGUCUACCUUGGAACGACGAACCUCUUGCCUCCGAAACAAACCUCCUGAAGCAGGAGCUACAGAAAGUAAAUAAAAGGGGAAUUCUAACGAUCAACUCCCAGCCCAAUGUGAAUGGAAAACCUUCCAAUGACCCGACGUUUGGAUGGGGUCCCAACAGAGGUUAUGUCUUUCAAAAGGCGUACCUGGAAUUUUUCACCUCCAGCGAGAUGGUCACAGCUCUUAUUAAGGUGCUGAAGCGGUACGAGCCUCGUGUGAACUACCACAUAGUGAAUGUACAGGGUAAAAAUAUUACAAAUUCUGUUGACCUGCAACCGAAUGCUGUGACAUGGGGAAUCUUUCCCGGACGAGAAAUUAUUCAACCAACGGUGGUCGAUCCCAUCAGCUUUAUGUCCUGGAAGGAUGAAGCCUUUGCCCUGUGGAUAGAGCGGUGGGCGAAGCUGUACGAGGAGGAGACUCCAUCUCGAAUGAUCAUUCAGUACAUCCAUGACAACUAUUUUUUGGUCAAUCUAGUGGACAACGAUUUCCCCCUUGAGAACUGUCUGUGGCAGAUCAUCGAAGACACAUUUAGCGAACAUGAUAACCCAACGGAACCAUGACUCCUAUUACUGUGACUGUGUCAUGUGGCAAAUGUAGCUCUAAAAGCAAUUCAUAGAGAACUCACUACUUUUGGAAGAGGCAUCAGCUCCUACUGGCCUGAAUAAACUUAUUUCAUGGGACAAUCCCUCAAGUGUACAUUCUGUACAUUCAACUUGUAGUUACUGUUGCAAGACUUGAUAUUGCUGCUAGAAAACGAACUUUACCAUAGGAAUCGAGCAAAGGUGGAUACAUACCCACGAAAACGGAUUUCUUUUGUCUUCUUAGAUCCGGCCUCAUUGAUAUGUUUAACAAAUAUAAGCUUUUGGUGACUUA